AUGUCAGACGUUGAGACACCGGAGCAGUCUUUUUCGACUCCGACGCCUCAGCUUACCCCCAAGGCCAAGGGCCGCGGUAGAGGCCGGGGCAGAAAAGCUGUCGCGCCUAAGAAGGAGCCUCCCAAACCCGUAGCCACAGCCGGCACUGGUCGACGCGGCCGCUUCAAGCAGUUCUCAGACGACAAAGUCCAGGCAAAUUAUGAACGGCAACGCGAGCUCAAGGCACAGUACGCGGCUCUCGCUAAUGCCGUGAAGCCAGCGCUACAAGAUCUGGCAUCGCGCUCUAUCGACACACUCACAAAUGACAAGGACUACCACAAAACGGUGCCGGAAUUCAAAGUCAUCGAGGACAAUCUCGGCGCUCGCUUUGAAAGAUCCCUCCUUUACUUGGAGAACAAACUGGCGACUGCCGCCAGAACCGUCUUCAAGUCCAAACAUGCCAAGCUCGGCGCCGUUCGCGAUAUUUUCAAGAACGGAGUUGAAGAUGCGGAAGACAGAUUUUUGGAUGCGCAGCUUCAUCGCCUCAACCUUCUGGAAUACCUUCAUGAUCAUGGUCUUCCUGUUGACCUCGUCGAUGCCGGCUGGAAUUAUAAGCAAAUUUCGGACAAGGAAGCCCAAGAAUUCGGCCUCUAUGAAGUCUACGUUGACGGAGCGCUUGUUCCCUAUCCUCAACUCGUCGAAGGCACCGAAGCCCAUGCCCUGAGACAGGCUGCUUGGGCGGAGCCACAGACGGCGAAGGAGACUUUGGCGCCGCCUUCCGCGGCAGCGACUGGAGGACGAGUGAGCAAGCGCAAAGCCAACCAACAACCAGAUGGCCAGCCGGCCUCCAAGAGGUCUGCUGCCGAUGUCGCGCCCGUCCGCCACAUUGCUGGUAUCAUGUCGGCUCAGCAUGCUCCCAUUGAAGACGAAUCGAAUGAGAGCACGCCGGUACCUGAGGGUCCGUUGACCGCUGACCAGAGAGAGCCCGCCUUGCCAGCAAAGGCUUCAGAGCCAGAUGAAUACGGUUGCAGACAAGUCAACCGGCCGACAGCCAAGAAUGGAGCGAGUAUCGCGAAUCGCCUCAUUGUUCCUCCAUCGUUCCAGUUCGACGACGACGAGAUUGGAUUCCGUGAUUCCACCAACUCCCCUAGGCAUGGAGCCACGCUCGCUAAGCGUGGAAAGUAUCUCGGCAAGCCAAACUCGAACACCUGGCACUUUGAUCCUCUGCUUGCUCGUUGGGAUGCCAGAGACCUCGACGAAGGAGACUACGACUUGGAACUUGUCCAGAAGCACGGCACUCAUCCCCGAUUAGGUUGCUUCCUGCCCACGAGCAAAAAUGACUCUGAGCCGCCAAAGCCAGAAGCAGAGCCGAUGCAUCCUACUGUUUUCCUUACUCCCUCAGGCAAGACCAUCCACGCAUCUCGUGUCGUCCCCGUUGCAAAGGUCGAGAUUGCUCUAGCCGACAAGCCAUACUCGGAAAGAAUGGGUGCGAUUCUCUCUUCCAUCUGUGAAAAGGAAGACAUCUCUCCCGAAGACAUUGAGGGACCUGAGCUUAAGGCUCUUAAGGAAAUCUCUGAAGAAUAUGCCGAGCAAAGACUCAUCGCCGAGUCUAUCAAGGAGUCCGAGCCCGCGAGCCUGGAGGAUACGCCUGCCACUUCGCCCCUCCCUAUGAACGACUCUGCCCUCAACAUUGCUGGGUUGGAGGAGCUCGUCGUGGCUGCGGAAGCCGUCGAGGCGGAGGCCAAGGUCUUGGGAUCUGUCGAAGAGAAGCCGGUGAUCCUGCCCGCUCCGACCCCAGUCAGGCCUGCUACCCGUGCUUAUGACGCUAUUCGCGACAUAUUUGGAGGGUCCGAAUCAGCUGCCGUUGAGCCUCCAGCUCCCGUCCUGGUGCCGGAGCCUAUUGACACUACUGCGCUCGCAAUCCUCGCAGAUGCGUCUACUUCCACCUACCCUCCCCAGCCCGUCGACCUUGUCAUGGCUGAUGCUCCCAUCAGCCAACCCAUUCCAGUUGACGGUCCUCCACCUCCCCAUUCCCAUCAUCAUCACAUCGACUCUGGUUAUGUGGUUCAGCCCAUUCCCGCUGAGUUCCGCAUCCAGGCUGCACCUUCAAACGAUAGUGUCGGCUGGAUUGAACCACGAAUCGCUUCACCAGGUGUCGACGGUCGGAUUCACCAAUCUAUCGAAACUCCGUCGAUGAGAGAUCCGUACUCGAACCAAUUACCCCCUGCUCGACCAGUCGAGAUGUCUCAAAUGAGGUCCUCGAUUGACGCCACCAAUGAUACCCGCCGGCACUCCAUGUACCACGAGCACAGCGCUCCUUCGGCCUACAACGAGCAGCACUUGCCUCAUCCGCAUAACCAGCAACACCUGCCGCAAGCAGACCCCAUGAUCGACCCGCGUCUUUACUCUGCGCCGAUGGACGCGUCGGCCGCACAUCAUGAAUAUCAACAACAGGCUUACGGUCAGAGCCAGCAGGGCUACCAAUUGCCCAGCAUGCCUAUGCAAGGAGGACCCAUGGCACAACCAGGUUUGCCGCCCAUGAUGAGCCAGUACCCACCCUACACAGGCUCGCAACCUCCACCACCACCUUUGCAGCAGCAGCAACAGCAGCAACCGCCGCCUUAUGGACAUCCAGGCAUGUCUCCCACUUACUCAUCCAUUGCCCCGGCACAAAGCCCUCCGAAUCUUCAGUUCGUUCCGCAGCAACCCGGCGAACCGUCUAGAAGCCGGGCUGGAAGUGGCUCAUCGACUCCAAGUGCACAGGGAAACAGCAAAUACCCCAAGCUGGCCCCCGCCCCCCUGCCUGCUCACAGAGUAGGCUGGCCUCAAGGCCCUGAACUGCGAACCGUUCAGUAUGACUACAAGGAAAACAUCAAAGACUAUGCGCCUACGGAACCCCCUCCGCGUCGCGGCCCUGUCCAAAUUCGGGGAUGGAACAUAAACAAUAAUAGGAUCCAGCGCCAGAAGACAGAUGAGAACGGCGACGAGCGACGCGGGUCCCGCUAG